UCCAUUUCACAUUGAAACUCUAACAAUUUGCAAAUUUAAACGAUUUACUUCGUGUGAAACUUAAUCUCUGAAAAUGUCGUACAACUAUCAAUAUCAACGCGAAUCGGACCGCGACGGAAACCAGUAUCGCAAGGAGCAAUACAGCAGCAACCGUAACGAUGAUCGCGAUAAUCAGCAGUCGUAUCGUACUCAGCAAGUACACAGCAGCCGCGAUUUCGACAACAACCGCGACAACUGGAAUAAGGACUCCAACACACGCUAUCAGCAGUACAGCAGCAGCAAUCGCGACUGGAAGGGCGAUGCCGACGACAGCUACAUGAGACAAAUCUACAGUCGCAACCAGAACCAGGGUCAAGGUUACAAUCGCGACCGUGUCGACCGUGACCGCGAUGGAGAUGAUCUACGUACUGAACGCAAAUACUACUGGCAGCAGACCAAAACCUUCCACGAUGACCCAACCCAGAACGAGCGCUCCAGCAACUUGUACGGAAAUCGCAAUGAACUGAGUUAUGGAGGAAGUCCGCAGCAGUACAACCAGAACUGGCAGCAGUCGCGCCAGUGGGAUCAGUGCAAUCAGGACCAGUGCAACCGCGGCGGCUGCAGCUGGGGCAACAAAGAGUGCAACCGCAGCCAAUGGCAUGGUCGCAAUGAGUGCGCUCGUGGAGGACAACAGGGUCAACAGCAGUACGGAUACGACAACCGCAACGAAUACUCGCGCCGCUACGAAACUGACGGCACUCAACAGCGAAACUACCAAAGCCAAGGUCGUUGGCAGGACCAGAGCAGCCGCUUCUAAAUCCUCCAUGACUCAAUCUCGAACGCUUAACACGAUACACAAUGUAAUUAUGAUAAUUUUUUGAUUUUUUUAGAAUUAACAAAUUCUUUUAAAUGGUGGUGGCGAUUACUCCGUAUUCUACAGCACUUUAUUGCGAGCGUGAAGCUUGAUUGACUUUAAAUUAACAUUUGAUGACGAAUUUGGUUUCGUUCAGUGUUACUCUAACUUUUCUGUAGUCUGAGUUCACUGUUGAGCCUGCAACCGAUUAUUAAAACGUUAUUUCUGC